AUGGCCUUGCAACAGCAACAGCAAGGGGGCCAGCAGCAGCCGCUGUUGACUUUGGGGAUGCAGCAAGGGCAGCAGCAGCAGCCGCAGCAGCCGCAGGCUGGAGGAGCGGCAACGCCACUUCCUCAUGGAGGUGCGCAGCAGCCGCGUGUGCAGUUUCCGCAGAAUCAGCUCCCUGCAAACCUGCACGUGCAACAACAGUUGCUGCGAAUGCAGCAGCAGCAGCAGGGGAUCACAGCAAAGCUCCAAGGAGCAACUAGUGCUUCGGGAGUUCAGCAGAGGCUCUUGCAUUUAGAACAGCAGGAGCAGUUCUUGCAGCAGCAGCAGCAGGAACCGGAGAAGGUUCAUUGGGUCCAGUGUGACCGCUGCGACAAGUGGCGUGUGGCUCCAUACGAGAUAACGCAGCCCAGUUGGGUAUGUGAACAGAAUACAUGGGACAGGCGAUAUGCUUCCUGCAGUGUUCCUGAGCAGCCAGACCCCGCUGCUCAGAUGCAGCAGCAGCAGACGCGCCAACAGCAGCAACUGCUGCAGCAGCAGCAGUUGCAGCAACAACAACUACUUCAACAACAGCGGUUUGCGGGAAGCUCUGCCCCAAGGCCUAAAGCGAAAGCCAAGGCGAAGUCUAGGGCGCCGUCGAAGGGCACUGCCGCAGUGCAGAGGCCGCUUCAGACUGGCAACAGUGCAGCAGAUGCAGUAAGGUCCUGCAGCGGCACCAGGAGAAAACGUGCUUCUUGCCCCAGGACUCAUACCCGCUGCGGAUGCUGCUGCGUCUGUUACUGCGCAUGUGCGUCAGAAUCUUCUGCAGCACCAGAUGGGGCAGCAACAACAGCGGGGAGGUCCAGCUACGGGUGGCAAUCUUCCUGCCCUGCAGCAGCAGUUGUUGCAGCAGCAGCUUCAGCAUCAGAUGCAGCAGGCACAGCAACAGCAACUUCUGCAGCAGCUACAACAACAGCAGCACCAGCUGCUGCAGCAGCUGCAGCAGCAGCCCCCCGUCGUAUUAACUGGGUGCAGUGCGAUGCUUGCAACAAGUGGAGAAGAGCUCCUAAUCCAAUAACUAGCGACAAGUGGUUCUGCAGGAUGAAUACAUGGGCCCCGCAGUUUGCUUCUUGUGAGGCUCCGGAGGAGCCCGAUCCUGCACAACAGGAGCAGCAGCAGCAGCAGCAGCAGCCGCAACAAAGUCAACAGCGGCUUUUGGAGGCAGCAGCAGCGCUGCAAAGACAACAGCAGCAACUUCAGCAGAGCGCUGCAAAGAGACAGCGCACAACGAGUGUUUCAAGGACAACAGAAACAGCCAAACCAGACGUCAAGGCUGACCCACCAACACAGCUUCUCCGACAGCAGCAGCUAGUCGCCGCUGCUGCUGCUUCUGGCCAACGCAACGCGGCGCCGGCUACUCAACAGCAGCUGCAAUUGCAGCAGCAGUUGCAGCAAGCCAAACUGCCUCAAGCGCAACAGCAGCAACACGCUGGCAGCUCCGCUUCUGGUGGAGCUGGAGGCCAGCUGCAGCAGCUGCAGCUUCUUCAGCAGCAGCAGCUGCAGCUGCUGCAGCAGCAGCAAGUUCGGUUGCUCGAUGCUGCCCGAAGGGCCACGCCCAAUGCGGCUGCUGCUUCUCCGGGGAGCGCAGUAACUGCAGCUGCCGCAGCAUCUGGGGGGACUGCAGGAGAGACAGAGCGCCGAGAAGGAAGCUCGGACACAGCCGCAGCAUCGGCGGCGGAGAGAGGAGGGAAAUGGCUGGAGUGCCGCUCAUGCAAGAAGUGGCGCCGACUCCCUCCGGAGGUGGACGCGGAAGCUCUCAGGCCGAAGUUCUUCUGUUAUUUGAAUAUGUGGGACCCACAGCGUAAUACCUGUGCAUCACCGCAGGAGCCCUGGCAACAGCUGCAGCAGCAGCAGGAGGUACAGGGGAAGGCGCCACCAGCAAAUGCUGCCCCAGCGGCCGCAUUGCAGAAGCCACAACACCAAGCCGCAGCGUCAGAUGCCAACAGGCAGGACAAGGCGGACCACGCAGCAUCAGCACCAGCGCAACAGCAGCUUCCUAGAGCGCCGGGGCAGCUUCAGGGAGAGACGAGCGGAACCGCCUCUCUUCACCAGCAACUUCAGGAGCAGCAACUGCUACUUCUGCGUAUGCAGCAGCAACAGCAGCAGCAACGGGCCGGCGCAUCAGGCGUUGGAGGGGGCAACGCCGCGAAGCCAGGUUCGGGAGCAUCGGGAGCGACAGGCGCGGCCGAAGAUGAUGAUGAAGAGGGAGAUGAUGACGUUGAAGGAGAAGGGGAUGAAGACGAAGACAGUGACGACACAGGCGAUUCUUCUGACUCUGAAACCGACAGAGGUGGUGGCGGGGGCCCGGCUGGGGGCGCCGGCGCUGGGGGCCCUUCUGGUGGAGGUUCCAGCAGCACUGGAGCAGGGGCAGGUGGGAGUGCAGGCCGUCCGGCGCAGCCGACUGCUCAGGCUCCCUCAGGAACAGGCAAUUUCGGAUCUAGUGCUACUGGGGGUGGCACAGUCGCGGGAGAGGUAAACGUUGGAGUGGCGCCUGAAGGAACUCCUGGAAACAGCUGCACAAAAACUCGGCAGCCAGCCCGUUUUUUCGAUGUGUUGAUUGUUGGAGGAGGCGUGGCAGGCCUGGCUGGAGCUCUACAUUGCCAAAGAGCGGGGGUUGACUACCAAGUAAUAGAGGCGAGGGGUCGUCUCGGGGGGCGUGUGUGGUCAAUCACAUUACCAGCGUCUGCAGGUGAGAAACAGCCACGGGGGAGCGCUCAAAAGGCGGAGGGAGCAUGUCGGAGAAAGGGGAAAACAGCAAAAGAUGGCAGCGUGCGGAUCGAUGGAGGCGCGAAUUAUAUGCAUGGACUCACUGGCAACGAGAAUGACGUCCGGCUGAAGCCACGCAGAAGGGGCUGCAGUGUGUAUCAUCUUGCCGCUGCUUCUCCGGAGUGCCGUGUUGCGAUAGUUCCGGGGGAAACUGGGUGGGAAAACCCGUAUUACUUUGACUGGCUUAGGGGAGGGCGGCGUUUCUGUAUGCUGGUGGUGUCGUUAGCGCAUGCUCUUUUUUACCGCCUCGCAACCCCUGUAUCCUUGAUUGCCGCGGAGCAGCAGACGGGAUCAUCCGUCUCAGUCCUCACUCUGCUAAAGCAGGAAGCUCUUGCGCUCUUAAAAGCAGAGGAAGCAGCGGAGGCAAAGGCAGCUUCUUCACCCUGUAGUUUCCUGCCUGCGUGCGAGAUACAUCACAAGGAGGCCGAAGGCGCGGACACGCCUCCUCAUCAGAACACAUUUGAGUCGCUCUACUUGCCGUCGGCCUUGCGGGGAUUGGUUGCCACACUUUUGCGACGGUUGAAGGACUUAUGCUCUCUGGCAGUCCCAAGGGACAGGAAGGACAACAGCAGCACUGAAAUUGAUGUCGGAGAGUGCUGUGCCUGCCAAGUGGAAGCAAUGGUCGUUCGGAUGUUGAGAAGCCGUUUUGGGUUCGCUGCUCCUCUUGGAGAUGUCAGUGCCGCACUUUUUGCGUUCUUCCAGACUCCUGCGCUCAAGCGAGACGUGGAGAGAUUACAGAAUCCGAAAUACCGGCUUCUGGCUUGGCCAGGUUUGCGACGCUAUGCCGAAAAUCUUUCAUGUGCCUUCGCCGAGAGAGACCGGAAGAAGUCGCAGGCCGUGAGGCCGUUUGCAGCUAUACCUCCUUCCGUAUCUUCAGAUCUGAUUUGCAUGAGUUGGAGUUGGCUAGUUGACAUGCUUCGUGGGCAGUUGUCUCCCGAGAGGUUCCGGCUCAAUACGCGUGUGUCCUUUGUUUCCAUUACUGAUGAAGACUCUGCAUUCCCCUGUCUUGUCCGCUGCCAUUCCGACGACGGUUCAAGCGAAGCUCAAGAGCUUCGUUCGCGAUUUGUUCUUGUGGCACUGCCGGUAUCGCUACUUCAGCAGUCUUCAGAGAAAGACGAGGGGACAGCAGCUCGCGUAACAUUCCAACCACCACUUCCAGCCGAGAAGGUAGCGGCUCUUGCGGCCAUGGGCAUGGGAGUCCACAAUAAGGUAGUUCUGCGGGUUGCACCCUCCGAUGUUUUCUGGUCUCACUCAACCCCGUCGUUCUCGUCACCGUAUUCUUGUUUCCAGUACUUAAAUCUUCAUGCUUAUGGGAAGACAGGCUGCAUUUUAGCACACCUGUUUCCUCCGGCAUCCGUUGCAAUAGACUCUCUGACAGACAAAGAAGUGGCUGAAGAGGUGCUUGAUGACUUAAGGAAGCUCUUCGGCUAUGUCCCUCGGCCAGCUCUCAUAGCAUCUGUUGUCACCAGGUGGCAUUCUGAUAAGUAUUCUCGAGGCUCAUAUUCGUACCCAAAGCCUGGGGCUGACAUGGCGACUCACUGGCAGUGGCUGAGGGCGCCACAUCCUCUAGGAGCUCCCCGUGUAGCGUUUGCGGGGGAAUUCUGUUCGGACUCUUAUAACCAGUUUGACACUGGCAUGCGAGCAGCGCAGUCCGUUGUUCAGUUUGGGCUGCGGCGCCACCCAUGCACAAAAGACAGGCAAGAGCAGAAGCAGCAGACGCACGGUGGCUCUGCUGAUGCACUAGAAAAGCUACAACAACAGCAUCGGAAUCGCCGGCAAAGUCGCACGAUUAAAGAAACGAAAUCAGGAAGUUGGCAAUCGCGCACAAAGAAAAAAUACAGGAAAGAGGCUCUAGAUGCCUCAGAGGCAAAAGCACGAAUCGCAGCGGCUCGUGCAGAGCUUGAACAGACGAAUACGAAGUAUUGCGGCGACGAUUGCUGCCCUAUAGUUGAGUGCCCAGACAGUUCGCAUGCUGGAUUUUAUCUGACGGAUGGGAGCGACUUGACGGACUAUGAUGACGGUGGCAUAGAGGGUGGAAAACACGAUGAUAUCGAAUCUGUUUACGGGGAAAACACGCGGAUGAUGCUCGAAAAGUUCAAGGCUCUUCUGAGAUUCAACCGCAAGCAGCUGAAUUGUUCGCAAUCAAGAUGUUCUCCGAAGGAGUCUGGACCAGCUGGCUUUGCGCAACCAGCGCAGGCAAGGGCCUAA